GGAUCAGGACCAGCCGGGAACCUAGAUCCAGAUCAUCAUGCACAACUGAAUGCUAAUGAUGAAAUGGUUUCUGACUCCUCUGAGACAGAAGUCGGUUAUGAUGAUUGGCAAAAGCCUUUGUUAGAUUCUGGAUCUGAAACUGAAGACGGUGACAGUGAUUGGAAGGAGACCAGGGCACCAGAUUCUGCUACACAUGCUCUGAAAGUUAAGGAAACAAUUGUAAGGGAUGUAGUCUGUAACACUGGCAAGAAAUCCUUCAGCUUCUUCAAGUGUAGUAAUAGAUUUUACUACAAGGGCUUUCUUAAGAGACACAUGAUGUGUAAUUAUGGAAAAAUGUCAUCGAGCUGUUUGGUUCGUAAGAAAUGUUUGAGAGUGAAGAAAAAGGUAGAUUCACAGAAAAGAGUCCAAAAGGGAGAGAAACGAUUUGGAUGUGAUGUUUGUGGGAAAAGAUUUACACUGAAGGGAAAUCUGAAGACACACAUGAGAGUUCACACAGGAGAGAAACCAUUUGGAUGUGAUGUUUGUGGGAAAAUAUUUACACGGGAGGGAAGUCUGAAGAGACACAUGAGAGUUCACACAGGAGAGAAAACAUUUGGAUGUGAUGUUUGUGGGAAAAUAUUUACAUGGGAGGAAAGUCUGAAGAGACACAUGAGAGUUCACACAGGAGAGAAACCAUUUGGAUGUGAUGUUUGUGGGAAAAGAUUUUCACAGCAGGGGCAUCUGAAGAGACACAUGAGAGUUUACACAGGUGAGAAACCAUUUGGAUGUGAUGUUUGUGGGGAAAGAUUUAAAGAGAAGGGAAAUCUGAAGAAACACAUGAGAGUUCACACAGGAGAGAAACUAUUUGGAUGUGAUGUUUGUGGGAAAAGAUUUAAAGAGAAGGGAAGUCUGAAGAGUCACAUGAGAGUUCACACAGGAGAGAAACCAUUUGGAUGUGAUGUUUGCGGGAAAAGAUUAACACGGAAGGAAUGUCUGAAGAGUCACAUGAGAGUUCACACAGAAGAGAAACCAUUUGGAUGUGAUGUUUGUGGGAAAAGGUUUACAGUGCAGGGAAGUCUGAAGAGUCACAUGAGAGUUCACACAGGAGAGAAACCAUUUGGAUGUGAUGUUUGUGGGAAAAUAUUUACAUGGGAGGGACUUCUGAAGAGACACAUGAGAGUUCACACAGGAGAGAAAAUGAUUGGAUGUGAUGUUUGUGGGAAAAUAUUUACACGGGGGGGACUUCUGAAGAGACACAUGAGAGUUCACACAGGAGAGAAAACGUUUGGAUGUGAUAUUUGUGGGAAAAGAUUUAAAGAGAAGGGAAAUCUGAAGAGUCACAUGAGAGUUCACACAAGAGAGAAACCAUUUAGAUGUGAUGUUUGUGGGAAAAGAUUUACACGGAAGGAAUGUCUGAAGAGUCACAUGAGAGUUCACACAAGAGAGAAACCAUUUGGAUGUGAUGUUUGUGGGAAAAUAUUUAUAGUGCAGGGAAGUCUGAAGAAACACAUGAGAGUUCACACAGGAGAGAAACUAUUUGGAUGUGAUGUUUGUGGGAAAAGAUUUUCACAGCAGGGACAUCUGAAGAGUCACAUGAGAGUUCACACAGGAGAGAAACCAUUUGGAUGUGAUGUUUGUGGGAAAAGAUUUACAGUGCAGGGAAAUCUGAAGAGACACACAAGAGUCCACACAGGAUAAAAAUGUAUCUUUUCACUUUGUUGUGAAAGAUGAACUAAAUGUUUUGCUGGGAACCACUGUAGUUUUCAUUGACAAUUAUUUUAUAGCGCGUUAAUGCAUUUUUAAAUUUUUUUUUAAUUUUGAAAGU